AUGUCUUCAAAAUUUUUGACUGAAUUAUCUAAUGAUUAUGAAAAUCUUUUUGAAACAGAAAUAGGAUAUGACGUUAUUAUUUACUCUGGUGAAGAACCAAAUUUUAAAGAAAUUCAUGCACAUUCAAGUAUUUUAUGUAUCAGGUCUCGAUACUUUCGCACUGCAUUUUCUAACGAAUGGGCUGAGAAGAGAGAUGGAAAAUUUAUUAUCAGAAAACCAAACAUUUCCCCACAACUAUUUGAUGUUAUUCUUAGGUUUAUUUAUUGUGGAAAUAUUGAAUUAAAGAACUUACAAUGUCCUGAUUUAUUGAAAUUAUUGAUAGCAGUGGACGAACUUAAUAUUCAAUCAUUGAUUUCCCAUAUUCAAGAAUAUUUAAUUGAAAACCAAACUGAAUUUUUACACCAAGAUCCGAUCGGUAUUCUUGAAACUAUUUAUCAACAUGAUUAUUUUACAGAUCUAUGGAAUUUUUGUUUUAAAAAAAUUUGUGAAAAACCUAAAAUUUUAUUUGAUUCUGAUAAAUUUAUCAAUUUAAAAGCUCCUUUAUUGGAAUUAUUGUUAAAAAAAGAUUAUUUGAAUGUUGAUGAAAUUGUUAUUUGGGAGAGUUUAGUAAAAUGGAGCGUUUCUCAACAAAAUUUGGAGAAUGACCCAACUAAUUGGGAUAAAGAGGAUAUUAUAAAAGUUAAGAGAGAAUUGAAAAAAUUUACUCCUUUAAUUAGAUUUCAUGAUAUUGGACCUACAGAUUUUUUUUAUAAGGUUUAUUGUUAUAAGGACAUCUUACCACGAGAUUUAGUUCAUGAUCUUUUGGAAUAUCAUAUAGUACCUAACAUUGAACCUAAAAGCAACUUAUCACGUUCAAGAAAACAAAGUUUAAAAUUUAAACUUGAUUCAAACUUGGUUAAACCAAAUCAUAUCUCUUUUUUCGCCUCAUGGAUUGAUAAGGAAAAGUCCUUACAUUAUGAUAAUAAAAUUAUUCCUUAUAAUUUUAAAUUAUUAUAUCGUUCAAGUCAGGAUGGAUUUAGUACUAGAAAUUUUCAUAAAAAUUGUGAUAAUAAAGGAGCUACUAUUUGGGUAGCAAAAAUUAAAGGUUCAACACAACUGAUUGGAGGAUAUAAUCCACUUGAUUGGUGUGGUAAUUUAAGUUGGAAAACUACAAAAGAUAGUUUUAUGUUUAAUUUUAAAGAUGGAGAAAAAAUUUCCACUGCAAAAGUAGGUUAUGUUAAUGCGGAAUCGUUUGCUAUUUUUUGUCAUAAUGAUUAUGGUCCAACUAUGGGUAAUUUAAAGUGCAAAUUUAAUAAUUGGUAUUAUGAUAAUUAUGAUGAUGGAAUUCGCUACCCUAAAUUAGGAAUUCCAGAUAAUUUUAAAGUUGAAGAUUAUGAAGUAUUUCAAGUAAUUAAAGAAUAA